AGAUGACGAUCUUUAGCUCUUAUGGAAUGAGGACGAAAGUCCAGGAGAAGAAAGAAAAAAUGUCAUCGGAUGAACAGCAGCAACAGCAGCAGCAGCAGAAUCAAAUCCCAAACAUUGCCGGCACGAUUCUAAUCGGUGGAAUCGGUGGCCUAGAUGGUGGCCAGCAUAAGCAGGCACAAUCACAACACAAUCAACACCUGCAGCAGCAGCAUCAUCUGCACAGCUACGCCCAUAUACUACCUCAUUUGCAUCAGUUCAGCACGAUGACCGGCUCAAACCCGGCCAGCCUGACGGGCGCUUCGUCCAAGUUACCGUCGAAAAGCUCACCCCUGGGACCGUCCCCGUUCCGGCAGCUGCUUCCGGUGACGCUGUGCAUCAUAUCGUUCGCGAUCGUACUCAGCGUACUGAUUAUCUACAUGGACACUACGGAAAUACGCCACCAACAGUUCCGGCUGAACAUGUCGCGCGACUACGAUCUGAUGGGCGUCCCCCAGGACAACCCGGCACUAGUCAAGUACGUGCGGGACAUUCACAUGAAAAAGUACCCGAUGACGUUCAUGCGCAACGCUAAUGCACCGGUUGAGCAGUUGAACUUUACCAACCGGCACGAGCUGACACCGGAGAUGGCACACCUGAUAUCGGACCUGCUCGGCCGGAAGCGGUUCGGUACGUUCUUCCAAUCGCUGACCGGGAACAGUGACUCGAUGAUGACUGCACCGUGGCUGGCGGAGACGAUGAACUGGGGCGGCUACCUGGUGGAACCGGAUCCGCGUAAAUAUUUUUCGCUACGCAAACAGAACGCUUUCCGCUCGAACGUGCAGGUCAUUCAUGCGUGCCUUUCGCCAAACACGUACCCGAAGGAGGUUACGCUGCACCACGACGACGACAGUGAGGUGCAGAUAAACAGCGUGCUGGAUGAGGAGACGGAAUGGUUCCAUCCGCGGGUCAAGUGCUUCCCGGUCUACACGCUAAUGCUGGCCGUCAAUCGUACAUCGAUCGAUUUGCUUAGCCUUGGCUGCCACGGACAGGAAUUGCAGAUUCUUCAAACCAUCCCCUUCGAUCGUGUACAUAUCAAAGUGAUUUCUAUCCAUUUGGUGCAUUACUACGAGGAAGACGAAAUGAUGAUCGACGUUGACGAGUAUGUGCAAACGAUUGGACGCUUCCUGAUGAGCAAAUCGUACAAGCUGGUACGCAGCAUGGACCGUAACUUUAUCUACCAACAUCUGUCGGUACUUUCGGCCGCAAAACAACGCCAACGACAACAGCAACAGCAGCAGUCCCUUCCGAUGGCCGAUCAUGUACCACAAUCCGCCCUUCCAGCACGUGGAAAUGCUAUCAGCUCUGGCGAAAAACCUGACGCUACGAUGGCGAUACGUAAGGGUCAGGAUGUGAGCAGUUAUAUUGGUGGUAGUGGUGGAAAGGUACCGCUCGCACCUUCAUCUAGCACAACAGUAGCAGCAACGACAACUACCACCACGACCUCGAUACCAGUAUCGUCCACGGAUAGCGCCAAUGUGGGUAUUAGCUCGGAACGGUUUGACAAGUUGAUGUUGCUACGUGGUGGAGAUUCGGAAUCGUUCGAUGGUGGUGAUUCUGAGUUUGGUUUGAAUUCGGCCGAUUCGAGUGUACCGGUGGAAGCGUCCGAUAGUGACGAUAUGAUUGACCAGGAGGAUCAGCAGCAAGACAAGGAAGUGGAAAUUGAUUUGGAGCAACCGACAAAUACACAACCGUUCGAGGAGCUGGAAGAUGGUUCGGUACGUGUGGCUGGUUCGCCACAACCACCGAUGGUAACGUCACUUAAGUAA